AUGCAGCCCCCAACUCUCUCCAUUGGCCUGGAUAUAGGUGUGACCAUCCAGUUCAUCGAGAAGCUCAAGCCAUUGCUUAAUGAGUGGAAAGCCAUCGAACUAGAUAUCAUGUCAGCUUAUUUGGAUGACCUAUCGCGCCGCAGGAAGCUCUACGAGCUAGCCUUGGAGGCCCUUGGCAAGCCUAAUAUUCGCAAGGAAUCCAUCACCACGACGGUGACAUAUUGCUUACAAACAGACAAGAUCAAAGGCUUGCUGAAGAUGGGACUAAACUACUCAAAUAUAUCAUCUCGCUGCCAGGACGUACAUGUUGGCUUGGAGUCAUAUGGAUGA